CACGAGAACUCAGAGAUAAACAAUACCAGGAAAGGUUUAUAUAUACAACACACCCUUGGCUAGUUAGUUUGUAUGUAGACUGUCCACAAGGCUUCACAUUAAAUAAUAUUACAUUAAAGUGUCCAUCUGACCAAGAACUACAAGCUUUCAAAGAAGCUGUUAGCAUAUAUGGGGAUAUAACAUGGCAUGCUGGACCAAUGAACAUGCAGAUAGAGAAUAUGAAUGAAAUUUUAUUAGGACUAAGUUUAAACAUUAGUAGUGAUUUGGAUGCAAUGUUUAAUUUAACAAGACAAUAUAGGACACUAAGUCAACGAGAUGUUCCGGGUAUGACACAGGCAAUAAUACCUACAUUGGUCGAGAAAGGAAUACAAGCCGUCUCUGUUGGUGUUAACCCUGGAACCAGCCCACCAGCAGUACCGAACCUUUUUAGGUGGCAGUUUGAAGAGAAAGAAGUACUAGGAACAUGGCAUGCAGGUGGAUAUCCAUUAAACCCUGGUCCAGAUCCUGCCCAUCCUGGAGGACUCUCACGAAAAGAUUGUGUGGUAGUUGAGAAUGUUACAGAUGCUUUGUGUUUCGCCUUCAGAACAGACAACAGUGGCCCCCCUGAAAAUAUUGAAGAAAUAUUAAACUACUUUGAAAUACUACGUUUACAGUUUCCAGGUGCUGAAAUUGAUGCUUCUACAUUUGAAGAUUAUAUUGAAGCAAUACAACCAAUCAAGAAUCAACUACCAGUUUUGACACAAGAAAUAGGGGAUACUUGGAUUCAAGGAAUUUCUUCAGAUCCCUAUAAGCUUACUUUCCAAAGAGCGUUUCAAACAGGACUUGAACUUUGUUUUCAUUCGAAUGAAUGUAAUUAUACAGACCCUCGGAUAAAAGAUGCAGUUAGGUUUCUUGUCAAAGUACCUGAGCAUACAUGGGGUCUUCCAAGUGUUGGAGACAACAUCAACUGGACAAAUGUUGCGUUUCAGAAAGCAUUGACAGGUUCAAACUACAGAAAUUGUGUAAUGGCAUGGCAAGAACAGCGAGAAUUCUUACACGUGGCAUUAGAUAAAUUAGGCAACCAUCCGCUUGCCGAUAUUGUAGAUUAUCUAAUGUCCGAAACUAAUCCAGUAGACCCUGACGUUGGAGAAUACCAAAUUCAGAACAUCACUUCAAUUUUAAGCAGAGACUUUGAAUGUGAACAGGGUAUGAAGAUAGGCUUCAAUAUUGAUGGAUCUUUAAGAACUUUGUAUGAUCCUUUUAACAGAGUUAAUUGGGCAUUAAAUACCUCUAACCCAAUGGGAGCUAUACUAUAUAACACGUAUAAUGAAUCAGAUUUUAAUUAUAUGUCAUCAUUGUAUAAUUACUACGGAGGGGCAGGAUAUGAUAAACCUAAUUCUACUAAGAAUGCAAAUCCAGAGUCUAAACUUUGGAAGACUAAAUUAAACAGAAUGUGGAGAUUAGAUCAAGAUUCGUGUAGAUUUGUGCUUGAACUUGUGAUGGAAAAUUCGACUGCAAAUACAUCCUAUGGCGCUCCACAGACUAUUAUAGUAGAAUACAGUGAACGACCGUCAGAUGAAACUUCUCCUGCUGGCUUUGAAGCAAGAGUUAUUUUGAAAAACAAGACACCAAGCCGUCUAGCGGAAUCAAUUUCUUACUACUUCAAUCCAACAGUACCAAAAUCCAACCCAAAGUGGUAUUUGUCAAAAGUCGGCCAUAUUGUUGAUCCUGCAAAUGUCAUUCAGAAUGGAAGUCAAUAUGUUCACGCUGUUGAUAAUGGGGCAUAUUAUAUUGACGAAUCAGGAAAUGGUCUUCAGUUAAUAACUAAAGAUGCACCGUUAGUUAUCAUAGGGACGAAAACGAAGCAUCCAUCACCAUUUCCUGUACCACUUGAACCUAUUACUGUUAAUGACAUCAAAGGCAUUGGGUUUAACAUCUACAAUAAUAUAUGGAAUACAAACUAUGUUUUGUGGUACCCGUAUGAUGACAAGAAUUUCGACAAAUCUAUACAGACACGAUAUUCAAUCGAUUUUAUGGUAAAGUAAAGCAUGGUGAACAUGGAUUAAUUAAAUUUCAAUUGACAAAAUAAAUGCUUCUGUUUUAUUCGUCAACUUCCGCCAGUAGUAUACAGUGCAACAGAAGUUUUGUCAAAAGAUGUAGUAUCAUUCAUUAUGUAUAAAUAUAUGAAUUGUAGACAUAUAAACACAUGUUAAAUGUACGCAGCAUCAAUCAAAAGUAUCAAUUAACGAAUACAAGUUUUCUCCCAUUGAAUAUAUUUUUCGUAAAGCCAUAAUCAGAGACAUUUUGCCACAUUUACACUGACGAAGUGUUUGGCGUACUCUUACAAUUAACAUUGCAAAAUAUGGUGUAAGUCGUAUCAGUCGAAGGACUGUUGAAAAUCUGGAAAGUUUAAACUUUUUAUGUAAAUAUAUUAGCCUUAAGAAAACAACCAACCAGGAAACCGGGUGCCGACAAUGAAUUUGCUACCACAAAUAGGAUACAUCGAAACGAGGAACAAGUGAUCACUAUGCUAGAGUUGACAAUAUAUUUGUUGAAUUUGUAGGUAGACUUUUUCAACAAAUUAUCGGCAUUCCUAUGGGAACUAACUGUGCGCCUUUCCUUGUCGACCUCUUCUUAUUUUUAUACAAGAAGAAAAAAGAAGCAAGACCAUUUAAUUUCACAUUCAGAUAUAUAUAUAUAUGAUGUUCUUUCCAUUAACAAUCCAGACUUUUCUGAUUUGGUUGCAUUAAUAUAUCCUCCAAAACAAGAAAUUAAAGAAACAACAGACACGGCUUCAUCCGCCUAAUUUUAAGACAUGUACCUCGAAUUUGACAAAAACGGUCAUCUCAGUACCCGAAUCUCUGACAAACGAGACGUUUUUAGUUUUGGAAUUUUCCCCACCUUAGCAGCAAUAUACCAACUUCACCUGCAUAUGAGAUAUACAUUUCACAACUCAUUCGAUAUUCAAGAGCUUGUAGCUGCUACCCAGACUUUGUAAAACGUCCAAGUGUCUAAGCAAAAAGUUGAUGCACCAGGGUUAUGUCAAAGAACGUCUCGUCCUUUUUCUUAAAAAGUUCAUCGGAAGAUACCAAGACCUUGUUUAUAUCAACUUCCGUAUCAACUUCACAAAUAAUGCAUGAUGGUCUUGAAGUAUAGAUUCUAGGUAUUGACGUUUCAUAGUGUUCUUUUUAUUGGCUUUGUACAUUUUCAACCUUUACGUUUUAGUCGUUUCUUGGUAAUAUCCUUUUGGCAUGGCUCGGUAUUUAUUAGGUAUGGCAACGAGUACUCGAGUACUCGCUCGGAAGGCCGAGUUCUCGAGUACAAUUUUAGUACUCGAAUACUCGUUUGCCUUUUAAACAUCUUGAGAUAUUUCCCCUUUCAUCUGAAGUUGUGGAUCAGAUCAUAUUUCUGAACAAGAACAAAAUUAAAGUGCCCUGCAGUGAACCCAACGCAACUGAUUAGAGACUUUUGUAACGGUGUUUGUACACGGCUAAACACUUUCACGGAUCAAUAACUCACAAUCCGUAAACUUACCUUUAAUUGUUAAUCAAGAGUUCUUUGUACACGUGAUUGGUAUGAGAUGUACAUUUAAUGUAAUAAAUGUUUAUUUUAAACUUAAUUAUUCUUUAAUUUAUAAUUAGAUACCGUUUUGUACAAGUAAGUUCAAUAUUUCGUUGACAAAUUAUGGAACAAGUCGUAAUAUCAAAAUUACUAACUCCACAGGAACAGAUGAUACAGAAUGUCGGACUUUAUUAACAUAUUGAAUGAUUGUUAUUGGCAUGUUUCUGAUUUGUCACAUGAACACACAAAAAAAUAAAUGCUAUAAUGA